AUGAGCGCCUCUCCUUCUCGCGCGGCCGCCAAUGGCUCUUCGCUGCGCAUUGCUCGACUCGCCUUCCUCGGCCUCUUCCACGCCUUCGCGCCCGUCGUGACCGCGUUGCCCAUGCCUUUUGGCGAUGUCGUCAAGGCAUUCAAGGACGCCGACGAGGACCUCCCCAAGGACUCCAGCGACCCCCAGCUCUGGCUCUACCUGGGUAUUGCCAUCGCACUUGUUUUGGCCGGUGGUGUGUUUGCGGGUCUGACCAUUGCCUUGAUGGGCCAAGACGAGAUCUAUCUCCAGGUCCUGGCUUCCUCCGGCGAGAAGCACGAACGCAAGAACGCCAAGAAGGUCCUGAAGCUGCUUGAGCGAGGCAAGCAUUGGGUCCUGGUGACGCUACUCCUGAGCAAUGUCAUCACAAACGAGACGCUUCCCAUUGUGCUGGACAGGUCGCUCGGUGGAGGAUGGCCUGCCGUCGUCAGCUCUACCGUUCUCAUUGUCAUCUUCGGCGAAGUCGUCCCCCAGUCCAUAUGUGUGCGCUACGGUCUGCCAAUUGGCGCUGCCAUGGCACCCAUCGUCCUCGCUCUGAUGUACGUCAUGGGCGUAAUUGCCUGGCCGACUGCCAAACUCCUCGACUACCUCCUCGGCGAAGACCACGGUACCGUUUACAAAAAGGGCGGAUUGAAGACGCUCGUCAGCUUGCACCAGUCGCUCGGACUUGAGCAUGAACGCCUGAACGAGGAUGAAGUUACCAUCAUCACCGCUGUGCUGGAUCUCAAGGCCAAGGCUGUUGGCAACAUCAUGACGCCAAUGAAGGACGUCUUCACCAUGUCGUCUGACACCGUUCUGGACGAGAAGAUGAUGGACAACAUCCUGUCUGCUGGCUAUUCCCGUAUUCCCAUCCACACACCCGAGAACGAGAAUAAUUUCGUCGGUAUGCUCCUGGUCAAGAUGCUCAUCACCUACGACCCAGAGGAUGCUUUACGUGUGCGCGAUUUCGCUUUGGCUACUCUUCCUGAAACGCGUCCCGAGACGAGCUGCUUGGACAUUCUCAACUUCUUCCAAGAGGGCAAGUCCCACAUGGUGCUAGUCUCCGAAUUCCCAGCUGAGGCCCGCGGCGCCGUGGGUGUCGUCACGCUCGAAGACGUUAUCGAAGAAUUGAUUGGAGAGGAAAUCAUUGACGAAUCCGACGUCUUCAUCGAUGUUCACAAGGCAAUUCGUCGCAUGGCUCCCGCUCCUCGUGCCCGCGUUCCCCGAGGCAAGGUCAUCACCGAUAUCUCUCGCAAGCCGUCAGAAGCGCAAGCUGUAGACACCGAAACAGAUUCGGAACAGAACGGCAAGCCGUCUCUACGCAAGACGUCUUUGCCCGAGAUGCCUGAAGGUCACCCCAAGCCCUCCUUCCUGAUCCGUCGCCGCAGCAGUGGCAGCAAGGGAGGCGCCUCGCCGCUUCGCAGUGAUGAUCCAAGCGUCAUGCAACACCUCAAACAUCUCGGUCCUUCGAACGCUGCCACCAGGCCCAAACAGACUCGCAUCAACACGGUUAAGAUCAAGCCUGGCCAGACAACCCUGACGCCUGAUAUUCCCAAGACCAUACCAGAAGAUGCUCAAGCCCCAACCGAAACAACACGAACCGAGGGUGUGAUAACCCAGGAUUCUCAUGCGCCCGAAGGUGGCAUUGGCGAAGGCUUGUUAGCCUCAGCGGGUCGCGAGGCCAGUGACGGCGUUCACAGUGUAGCAGUGGGAUAUGGUACCAUGGCUCCAAGUGGCGAUCGCAUGUCCUGGAGAUCAGGUCGCUCUGGUACACGGGAACAUGAGGAAGAACCUACGUCUCCGAAGGGUGGUGCUAACGAAGACGACGAGAAUACUCAUCUACUUGUCGAUAAUCGCAACAACGAAAACGGCAGUUCAAGAGGACGGUCACACUCCGUUAGUACCAUUGCCUCUCUACGCUCUAUCCGCUCGCGUUCGAACAGUCCGCUGAAGAAGCGACAUACCGCUCGAAGUGGUAGCAUCUCUGAGAACGUCGUAGACUUCAACGGUAUCAAGAAGGUUGUCUUGGAGACCACAAGUUCUAGUGACUCCGAGGACAAGGCCAACGGUAGCCAAGCUGAUGGUAACGACGACCAAAAGCAUUCGGAGGCCGAGUCCUCGCAUGCAGGAGGCAAAGGUUCGAGCAAAAAGAAGAGGAAGAAGCGAGGCAAGAAGAAGAAGGGUGGUGCUGGAGACAGCAGCGAAUCACAGCCUUUGCUCGGUGAUAACUAA